AUGGGGUCAUGUGUUAGUGUCCUUACUGCACAGCCGAACGAGCUGGGCGAAGAAGCUCAGAGGCUGCAGAAAAAACACCACAUUGCCGGCUACUCUUCUCCACCACCACCAACAAUACCACGAAAGAUAUGGUUGAGGCCAUGGGCCAGGAAGAAGAGAAAUCAGAAAGAUGUCGAAGAAGUAGAACAGCUGUUUCGACAGAAAUAUCCAACCUUCAACAACACCGCAAAAAUAGAUCGUAUUCGUCGAAUGGAUUAUCCUACCUUAGACAGAGAGGGCCACAUUUAUCUGGACUAUACCGGCGGAGGACUCUAUGCUGACUCCCAACUGCGUGCGCACCAUGACCUUCUUCACCGUAACGUCUUCGGGAACCCUCACUCGCUCAAUCCAACCUCAAGCGCCAUCACAGAAUUAGGCGAGCAAGGGCGGACGCUUGUGUACUCAUUCUUCCGUGCCUCUCCUGAGGAAUACGCCGUCAUCUUCACAGCUAAUGCUUCCCAUGCGAUGAAAUUGGUCGGCGAAUCAUAUCCCUUCUGCCCAGGUGCCGAGAUCAUGCUGUUAUGGGAUAACCAUAAUUCCGCUCACGGGAUUCGCGAAUUCGCUCGUGCCAAGGGUGCUACAAUCUCGUAUAUCCCAGUGACAUGGCCUGAAUUGCGUGCAGACGAGGUGAUGUUUGAAAACGCCCUGUUGCCAAAGGAUGAGAAAAUAAACAACUCCCGUCUACUUAUAUAUCCAGCUCAGUCGAACUUCUCAGGCACCCAGCAUCCACUCGAAUGGAUUGAGAAAGCCCACCAACAGGGGUGGGAUGUAAUGCUCGACGCCGCGGCUUUUGUUGCGACUAAUCGCUUGGACCUCUCCCGAUGGCAUCCCGACUUUGUACCCAUCUCUUUCUAUAAGAUGUUCGGCUAUCCGACCGGUGUUGGCUGUCUGAUAGCUCGAAGGGAAGCUUUGGCUCGAUUGAACAGACCGUGGUUUGCCGGAGGGACUGUCUGGGGCAGUUCAGUCCAGGCCGAUGGGCAUGUGCUCCUUGACGGGCAUGAAGCAUUCGAGGAUGGUACAGUGAACUAUUUGAGCCUUCCGACGGUACACAUUGGUCUCAAUCAUUUGGCAAGCAUCGGCAUGGAGACAAUCCACGAACGUGUCAUGUGUCUAAUGGACUGGCUGAUCAAGACCAUGCUUAUCCUCCGUCACUCCAACGGGCGCCGUCUGAUCCGGAUCUAUGGAGCUCCCAACACGCAUCGACGUGGCGGAACACUCACAUUCAACUUCAUAACGCCGACUGGCAAGGUGGUUGAUGAGCGAAUAGUCGAGAAGCGCUCCGCUGCCGUUAACAUAUCCCUGAGGACAGGCUGUUUUUGCAAUCCCGGAGCUGGAGAGGCGGCAUUCAACCUCUCUCAAAACAUCCUCGUUAGCGCCUUCAACGGAGAGGCGGAAAUGGAGUCAAGGAACGGCCGGAAGAAGGGUUGGAAUGACUUCCUGGUUGAUAUGGGCAUGCCUAGCGGCGGUGGCAUUCGGGUGUCGCUUGGUCUCAUGUCGAAUUUUGCCGACGUGUAUCGAUUCAUUCAGUUUGCGUGUACUUUCCUUGACAUUGCUCCGGUUGAUGAUAAGCUUGCUCCACGAUUACAUUGCUGA